UCUUUCUCUAUCUAAGCUUCAAAAACAACAUAUUAAAAGCAACUACCAUUUCACCAAAACAGUCCUCUUCCAUCAUCAUCUCUCUCACCCGCCUCAAAUUAUUACAUUUCUUUUUCCAUAAAUGCUAAAUUUCUGAGAAUUUUGUGCGGCUAUUUGGUGACUUGGAGAAGAUUACAAAAGCUGCGAUUGGGAUUCUUGUGAAGUACAAUACCAGCGGGCCUACAGCAAUCUCAGAAACGCCUCUCUGCACUCGCAUCCUUAUCCUUUUCCGAAGGAUUUUGGCAUCUUAACUACCAUUAAUUUAAUAAAAAUUGUUUCUUGUUAUAAAUUACUACUCGUUAUCCACUUACCUUUCUUCUCUUUCGAUCUUUUUGGGUCUAAAUUUGCCCCCUCUUUGCAUUUGGGUGAAUUGGGGGCCAACUCAAUCUUCUCCUCCAACCCUCGACUCAUCGCUGAGCUGAAAGGCUAAAUCUAUAGCCGAUUGAAUCGAGGGUUUCUGCUGCUUUCCUACUUCUAUGGCGAUGGUUUCUGCUUUUCUUGAGAUUUUGCAAAAGCCUACAAUUGGGGAUGUGGUGCUUGAGCUAAUGGCGUUGGCGACGCCCAUCUGGGCGGCGAUCGUCGUCGGCGUUUUGCUGGGCUGGGCGUGGAAGCCCAAGUGGGCUAAUAGUCUCAGUGUGGGAUUUCUUGAUUCCGCCGUUGCAAACGACGGAGAAUUGAAGAAAUCGGCGGCGGCGCUGUCGCAAUUCGUUGGUUCAAUCCCGAGCUUGAGCUCGUUGAAGCGGCAUUUCUCGCUUGAGGGUGGUAACUCAUCUGAGUCUUCGGUUCCGUGCUUUGAAUACAGUUCGUCAAAGUUGGAGACUGAGAAAACGAGUGCUGUGAAUGAGGAUGAUCUCAAGCAUUUUCACAGGCUAGUUGAGGAAAAAGAUGGUGGUCCUGUUUGGAUCCAAAUGAUGGAUAGGUCCACCCCCAAUAUGAGCUAUCAAGCUUGGAGAAGAGAUCUUGAGACUGGACCUCCACAAUAUCGUAGUAGAACUAUUUACGAAGAUGCCACCCCUGAAAUGCUGAAAGAUUUCUUCUGGGACGAUGAAUUCAGAGCGAAAUGGGAUGAUAUGCUUAUACAAUCUGAAACUCUCGAGGAAUGCCCCACUACCGGAACAAUGGUGGUUCAGUGGGUACGCAAGUUUCCCUUCUUUUGUAGUGACAGAGAGUACAUCAUUGGCCGUCGAAUUUGGCAGUCUGGAGGAAACUAUUACUGUAUAACAAAGGGUGUGCCACGGUCCUCCAUUCCUCGUCGCAACAAACCAAGAAGAGUUGAUCUGUACUAUUCUAGUUGGUGCAUUCGUGCAGCUGAAUCAAAGAGAGAUGGUCGGUCGACUGCGUGUGAGGUUCUACUGUUCCAUUACGAAGACAUGGGGAUACCAUGGGAGAUUGCAAAACUUGGUAUCCGGCAAGGGAUGUGGGGGGCUGUCAAGAAAAUCGACCCUGGCCUGCGUGCAUACCAGAAGCACAGGGCAUCUGGAGCACCACUCUCGCGCUCUGCAACAAUGGCUCAAAUAAACGCUAAAGUUGAUGUGGACGCAUUGGAAGGCCAGGAGAGCGUAAGCACUAGUGCAUCAGAGGCCAAAGAUGUAGUUGCCACAGAGAAGCCAUCGCGCAGAGGCAUCUCAAAGGGUCUUGUCAUUGGUGGAGCCAUCGCCCUCGCUUGCUCCCUUGACAGAGGCCUUUUGACGAAAGCUGUUAUUUUCGGGGUUGCAAGAAAGUUUGCAAGAACGGGUCAGAGGUUAUGACGGAUACACAUUCCUCUCUGUUGGGUUGAGGUUUAGUAAGCAAAAUCCACACAAGGAAUUGGCAUUGGCUGAAAAUUUGUAGCUGCGAAAUAAAGAGGCAGAUUCCAUUCUUUUUUAUUUCCUAUAUCUUCAUGUAGUGAUGAUAUUAUCCCUAUAAUUCAUUAAUAUCCCAAUAUAUGAUCAUUUUGUUGACA